AGGGCUGGGCUAUAAAAGGGACACCGCGGUGGCCCCGGUGCCACCCGCGCCAGCCCCGGGACCUCCCCGCGCCGCCAGGAUGAGCAAGGCCCAGCAGAGCCAGGAGCCGCUGUCGGAGCUGGAGAAGGCCAUGGACGUCAUCAUCGACGUGUUCCACCAAUACUCCCGGCGCGAGGGGGACAGGGACACCCUGACCAAGAAGGAGCUCAAGCUGAUGAUUGACAAGCAGCUGGCCAAUUACCUGAAGCACGUGAAGAACAAAGCCACUAUCGACCAGAUCAUGAAGGACCUGGACGUCAACAAGGACGCCCAGAUCAAUUUUGGGGAGAUGAUGCUGCUGGUGACCCGCGUCACCUGCGCCACCCACGAGCACCUGCACGAGCAGGAGCAGCACCAGCACCACCAGCACCACCACUGAGGCAGCCCAGAACCCAAAAAAAUAAAAAAAAAACCUGAAUCCAAUCCCAAACCAUGCUCAACUCCACCACUGAGGCAGCCCAGAACCCAAAAAACCCC